CGAUAAUGACUACACGAUACAACAUUUCUAAUUAUAGAUAUACAGGGCUGUUGCGGAGGCUAUCGACAGAGGAAAUAUCCAGAAUAAAACAAAAUGGCAAUGAAAAGGAUUCAAAAGGUAAACUAAAUCACACAAUGGUUACGGUGAACAUGUCUUAUGAGAAAUUGGACUUACAAACUUCUUUGGCGAAAUCAUUAUUUGAUCCAGCCCCCAUAUUAUAAUUGAAGGAUACUAUCAUACUACCAUAAAAAAAAACUCUCCUAAAAAGUAUGUUUAGUUUCGACUCGAUCUGUCCACGACCUACCGCACUUCACCUUUUAUGUUCCGUUAUAAACCUUCUAUCGCUUGAAUAUGAUAUGAGCUAGGUCUCAUGGACAAUUUAUGAUUACUAUAAAGAAUAUCUGGGCCUAUCUAAAUCUUUUGAUGCAGUCUUUUAUUUAUAAAAUUGGCUUAUCUCCCCCCCCCCACUUUUUUAUUUUAAUAUUAUUAAAUAUAUAAGCCUUAAACUCAAGGAGUCAAGAGUUUUAUUAGGCCUAUGGUCUAAUUUAAAUUAUAAAUAACUGGCAAGAAGUGUGUCAUUGAUGAGCAUAUCAUUGAACCUACACUGGAUAAAGGCUGAUGUCAACCAAGUAUCCCGCAGCACACUUUCAAAAUUUCUAUAAUCGUUAUCUAAAUAUUGAAUAUUGUAAUUUGAAGUAUAAGUCAAGUAGGUAAUUUAAGUUAAUUUAACCUUUACUUUAAAUCUCAAUGGCAAUCAUGUAGGUUACGGCUGAUCACUGAUAGUAAAACUUUCCUUGUAGAUGUUAUUUUAUAUAUUAUCUUGGUGCAUCAUUUAAUAACUUAAUAAAGGGAAAGGAUUUUUUAAGAUGUCAUUUUUUGGUGGCGCUGGGGCUGUCAUUGUCUUAACACUGACGUCACCUCAGAAGAAAGAAAAAUUACAUAAUUUGAAUGAUCAUGAUAGCAAUCUCAGAAAUUAACACAUUUGUUUUGGUACAAAUUUUAAUUAAACAAAUAAAAAAAAUUCCUAUGAUUAUAUAACCUAUUCACAGCUGCAAGUAAAUUACAUCUCUACUCUGACUCUGACACUCUGUGCCAGAAGUAUUUUUCGAAUUGUUCUAAUAUCACAUAUGAUAUUUUUCUAUAACUCUUUAAUUAACAUGAAACUUCACAUGGGCAUUGGGAUAGUGAUUUGAGUGUAAAUUCAUUCAUUCAAAGGAAAUAAUUUGUAAGCAAUGGGAGAAAUUUGCACAAUUUAAAUUAUUUUCUUGCGCUUUGAGGAAUAAAUAUAUUUGUUCUGUUGCUUACAAAUGUAAAUUUAAAAAAAAAAAUUGAAAUACAUUUCCUGGAAUAAUACCAACCAAAUAUUAUUCCCAGUAGAUCCUUAGAUUAAUGAGACAGGAUAGCAAAGUGAAGGUUUUUAAUAGCAGCCUGGGCAAUCAUGCCUUGCUUCCUUUAAGACAAGAUGAGGAUACCUUGCACUGUCUUGGGGGGUGGAUAUCAGUGCAGAAGUGUCUUUCUGUGGUCCUCACUUUAUAAGUAAACAUUAAGAUUUAAGGAGGGGUCCUUACCACAUUCAUGACAUGCUGCUAAUGUCUUGAGUUUAUGAAAAAUUUAAAAAGUUAAAGAUCCAUGUAAUUAUAGUUAUAGUAUAUACAUUGUAUGACAUGCAAAGCAAUCAAAAAGAAUCUCACCACAAUCUCAGAACAUUUUUACUGUACUGUCCCAAAUGUGUAAGUAAAUUGUUAAAAAUUAAAUUUUAAAUCAAUUUAUUAUAUUUUUUCUGUAAAACGUACAUCUUCCUUUUUAAAUUCAGGAACUCCUGGACCUUGGAAGAGAUCCUCCUUGUAAUUGUUCUGCAGGACCUGUAGGAGAUGACAGUAAGUGAAAUAUUCUCAGAAAAUAUUUUAAUAUCACUAUGAUGUUAAAACUCACAUUUUAUUAUCCUUUUAACAUUUGAUUCAGAAUGUCAUUUGAAUGGUUUCACCAUUAAUUAAAUAGGGAUCAAAAUGUACAUGCGCAAAAAGAAAUACAUUUUUUUUAAAACUCUUGCAUUCUGUAUUACAUUUUUUAAUACAACUGAAGCAUACAUUCAAAGGAUAACACAUGAGGGGCUGCGUUCAAGCUGUCUAAAGAAAAUAAGUAAUGAAACAAGAUAUGUUUACAUACAAAUUAGCAUACACGUUUCCCAAGAAAAUAAAUUUUUAAGAAUAAACUUUUUUUUAAAAUUAAGCAGUAAAAAAAAAUUUUUAUUAAAUAACUGUCAACCUUUUUCACACAAAAAGUUAAUAAAUAGAUCUUAAUUGUUAAUAAAUAUUCUAUAUUUUUCUUUCAUUUCAGUAUUUCAGUGGCAAGCCACAAUAUUGGGGCCUGUGAGUAUUCCGUUUGUCUGGUAGUCACUCGUACAUCAUUUAAUAUAAAGAUUAUUCAUUUAAAAAGUUUUACAUUAAAAUUAAACUGAACUGGUAAGAUGAGCUUAUUAUGCAUAGACAGCCCAGUUUAAUCCCAUGCAAAACAUGACUGCUGUCUUCCCACUUCUGUGGUUAGGGUUUUCAUCCGGGGUUUACCUCUUCAAUACAAAUCACCUUACUGAUUGUGAAUGCAUAUUUUAAGUAGAUUUUGAAUUAUAAAAAAAAUAACUGUGUAAACAUUGAUUAGAAGUUUUCUAAUUUUCGUGAUUUUUUUAAAAAGAAAUGUUAUAACAGUUACAUUUUUGCUAAAAAUUAUAAUUUCUUGGUUUUAAAAUUAAAAUAAAUAUGCCUCAAUAUUAUUCUUUUAUUUAUUUUCUUUGCUUCAUAAUUAAAAUAAAUAGGCUUUUUUAAGAACUUUAAGAACACAUUCAAAACUUUCUUACAUUUUAUUAGUUUUAUCUUUUUUAUCUUGUAGUAAAUCUGUUGUUUUUUUAAUUUAAUUUCAGGCUGAUAGUCCUUACCAAGGUGGAGUGUUUUUCCUCACAAUUACAUUUCCUUCAGAUUAUCCCUUUAAACCACCAAAAGUAAGUUUUUUUUUCAAAUCAACUUUUUGCUUUAUGAAAAUAUUUUCCUAGUUUGAAACUACUACACAGUCUAUAUGAAAUAUACAAAGUCCUCCCUGCAUUUCUCUACACAGUCUAUAUAUCUCAGAAUUAAUGCAUAUUUUGUUUAUCCUUUCAUACUGCUGGUUGUUUCAUGUAGAAAUACACAUUUUAACUGGCUUUUGUUUGUUCCAGAACACUCUGUAUACUGUCACAUUUAAGGGUCAUAUUUUUACAGAUUUGACAACUGUAAGACGUAAAUGUGUGAAAGAAAAUACAGUGUUCUUUUUUUUGGCACAGUGUAAUAUUACAUUAUCUAAUGCAUGUCCACAAUAAUGGAGGCUGGUAAACCAUCAACCUUUCUUUAGAAAAAAAUAUUGUAAAUCUAAGUCUUUGUUCGAAAUGAAAUUAUUUUUAAAAACUAAGUUGAAUUCGCUUUAUCAAUUCUGUUUCUGGGUCAUAAUAAUUUUUGGCUCAGAAACAGACACUGAUAACAUGUUAAUGAUUUACUUAAAACUACUAGCUGUAUCAAAGAAAAGUCACCUCAAAUAUCAAUAUUUCCCAAUUUAGUCAUUUAAUUCCUGUCAUCGAAUAAAGGAUUAAAAAAGGAGUGGGGAAGGGAGUUGGAUAGGGUAACAGUAUGAAAAAUAAAUAGCUGAAAUUAUACUAUUGCUAUAAAACAAAAUACACAACUGAUAUGCUGUAAUCAAAACGCCUAAAACCUCUUUCUGAAACCUACUGUUGUUUGAAUGUAAUAUUAAAAAUUAGGUAGUGAAGGUUUAGAGUAAUUAUAUCUUAAAUUUUUAAUGAUAAUCUUUUGGUGCAUUUAGAUGAACUAAUGAACUUGAGUUCUGAAAUAAGUAUUGGAAUGUGCUUAUCAAAGUCAAUAAUCAUGAAGAUCACAGGGUUACAAAAUUGUUGCAUUGUAGUACAAAAAUUAAAAUAAAAUAAUUCAUUAUUUUUUUCAACAAAAAAAAUGGAACAUCUUUUAACUGUUUGAAAUAUAUAAUUUUAUAUAUAUUAUAUUUCAAACAGUUAAAAGAUGUUCCAUUUUUAUAUAUAUAUUAUAUAUAUAUAUGCAUCUUGUCAACAUUUUAUUUUUGUUAAUUAAAUUUAUUAUUCAAAUUAUUCAAAUACAGAAUUCCUAUUUUACAGGUCGCUUUCUCUACAAAAAUCUAUCACCCAAAUAUAAACAGUAAUGGCAGCAUUUGUUUAGAUAUUCUAAGAAGCCAAUGGUCACCUGCCCUAACCAUAUCAAAAGGUAAGCAAUUUUAUCAGUUUACUACUUCAAAAAAAAAAUGAUAUAACAGUGCUCAUAGAAAGAUUCCAAAAGUAUAAUUAAUCGUCAUUAACAUUUUAUGCUGUGCCCCUGAAAUUUCAGUCAUCUUACAUUUGUUGUUGUUUUAGAUGAAUAAACCUUAUUGCUGCAGUUUUGAGGGAUUGUUAUGCAUGGAGAAAAUUAUUACGUCUGUAGUUUUUAAAGUGUAAAAAUAUAUUUACAUAUAUUAUAUAUACCAACUAUUCUGCUUAAUUUUUGCAGUGCUGCUGUCCAUCUGUUCAUUACUGACAGACCCCAACCCAGAUGACCCAUUGGUUCCAGAAAUUGCCAGAAUGUUCAAGACCAACCGUACAGAAUACAACAGAUUAGCCAAAGAAUGGACAGCCAAGUAUGCAGAGUGAUGUAUAGCAGCAGCAUUGUUCUAUAACAUGCUGCUGCAGGGAAGACACUUUUUUAUGUCACGUUGAUACAAAUAAUUUAAGUUUCUAAUCAUUGAGGGGAGUGGGUGGGGGGCUGCCAAUAUUAGUUUUGAACUAUACAUUAGAUUUAUCCAUUGCAAUGGAAAGUGAAUGAUCAGAGGAUUAACUCUUAUGAUUUAAAUUUUAAGUGAUGUCAUGUGUAAAGAAAGUUUUUAACUGUACUGCUUAUUUUUAUGAAGAGUUAAAAAAAUAUUGUGAUUUAAAAAAAAUAAAUAUAUUAUUAAACCACAUGUUCUCAGCACCAUAAGACCAUGCUUAGAUGCACACACAGUGCAGAAAAUCUGAUUUAGCCAUGAGAAAAUAUUACAACUUAUUUACUUUACUUACUUAGUAAUCCAGUAAAACAAGCCAUUUCUUUUGGCCAUGGGAUUGUCUGCACUCUUGUUUUAACAAUUAAUUAGUAAAACAAACACCCUUUCUUAUGGUAUGGGAGUUUAUCAACAGUUGAAAUUGUUUUAUAUAAAGUGUUAUUUUCUCAUGCAACGCAGGCCUUAGGUAAACUUUCGCCCUGUGCAAAGCACUCUUUCGGCGCCCCCUUCCCUGUCUCUGUAUGGCUCUGUUCUUUUUUGCACCCUGGAAAGCUUUUUGUUCCCCAUAUUCUUUCUGCUGAAAUAAUUGUAAGAGGGGCAUGGAAAUACGGUAUUAAUAAAUUAAUUUCCACGCCUUUUCGGUUGGUUCCAACCCCAGUGUUAGGAUCUAAAACUUAUAUAAAAAGCGAUUGUAUGAAAAGUUUCUCAACCCCGGACCCGAGGUUCACACUUCACUAUAAUAAACUAAGGGAAGUUACAUAUUUACCUGGGGCGCCUUGUGCCAGGGCACAGGUCACACACCCAAAAGGCCGGCAUUGACUCUGCUUGUAAAUAUUUAGGUAUUAGUAUUAUUAAAAAAAAAAAAUUUUAAUUUAGUAGUCUGUUUUCUAAAUUAUUUAAUGCCAAUUAAAUUUUGGAGAAUAAGUUAAUAACAUCUUAAAUGGAUUUUUUUAUAAAGUAGUUUGUACAAAAGAAAAAUUAGUGGUGAAAAUGUCAGACAAGUUUUCUCUUCUCUGUUAGUUAUUUUUUUAAGGGGAGUAAGUUGUAAGUUAAGAAUUGACUGUCACCUAAACCAAAAUGUAAAAAAAUUGGAUGAUGUUUUAAAAUAAUCCCUCCAUGACUCAUGACAGGCAACAGAAAAUUGUAUUUCAGUGUUAGGCUUAUCUUAUUCCCCCAUUAAAUAUUUCAUUUCUUCAUUAUUUUUUUUUUCCCUGGUUGAUUUCCUUAUCUGCAGGUGUGUGUGGAUCGUUUCUAUGGUCAUGUUGAAACACAUUUUUUUUUUAAUAAGCAGAAAAGAAGUUGUAAAAGAAACCCAUUUAUCUUCAGUUAAUUUGAGAUUGUCAGCCUGAAUAAUAAUACAUUGAAUCAUUCAGUCAGACUUUCUCUUCAAUUUUUAAUUUAGGUUACUUUAUUUCUGGUCCUUACUUUCUGGUUUCUUAAGAUGUUUCUGUUUCUAGUGUGGCUGAAAACUUUGUUGUUAAAUGUGACGCCCAUAUUACAUUGACAGGCUGUAUACAAUUGAAGAUCAGUUAUUCUGAGAUUUGAAAGAUAAUUUAAUACUGUCGACAGUGAAAAUGUUGGUUUUGUAAUAUUUUUUUUUAAAAUGUAUCCGUUGGCAAGUUGUACUCAAAGUAAACUUUGCAGCAAACAUAAAACUUAUCAGUACACUAGUGAGUGAUAACGUUUUGCUUUGGUUUCCAGAAUUAAUGGUGGCUACAUUAUUUCCUAUCUUGCAAUCUGUACUAAUGCAUGUAUGUGCAGAUAAAAAUUGAGAUGGAUACAAUAUUAUUUGCAAUAUUUUCUCUUAAUAUGAAUACAGAACACACAAAAAUGGAAGCCAGGUUCAUCAAUUGUGGGUAUAUUUGGAGAGAACAAACUAAUGUGACUUUUUGAAUAUUUGUUCCUCAUUUUUGUAACACACCAUAGUCCACUUCAUUAGUCCAAAUUAAAAAAGUAAUGCUAAAUACCGUACCUUUGUAAAAAAAAAAAAAAAAUUUUUAAACCACAGUGGAAAUAAUAUUCAUUUUAUCCCUAAUAACAAUCAGCUGUUUGAUUUUACCUUUUUAAGUAUGUAUCUUAACUGCCAUAAACAAAUUUCUCUCCAACUUUCGGGUUGUUAGUCCCUCUAUUGUUAUUUAAAGUAAAUGCUUUUUUCCAAUGAUCAUUUUAUUUGUGAUAUCAUUUUAAACUUCCUUUUGUUGUUUAGUAAUUUUAGCAAAUCAAUUAAAACUAAAUCGAUGCAUAGAUUUUUACAAAAUAAUCUGUUUCUGUGUUUGUAGUUGGUUUAUACCGUUCAUCUAACCUGUCGCCUCUCUUCUCUUACCGGGGGACAUUUACUGCAUGUAGUUUUUUUCACCAUCAGUUGUUUCAUUUUUCUUGAUCAUCACAGCAAUUACUGGUCUCAUGCUUGUGUCAUGCAAGCCAGUGUCUAACUGAUGACGACUGAAUCCAAACUUUCAAGUUAUUACGACUUGUAACUAUCUCAUAUUUUUUUUUUCUUUUUAAAAUAUUUUUAAGGAAAUAAAAUUCCUUAGUACUGGUAGCUUAAAGCUAGUCUAGCUUGACCAGUGGUCUCCAAACUUUCUGGUUGCCCUAUUUUGCUUUAUUUUAAAAGAUAGGCGCCCACUCCAUAAAAAAAAAUUGAUAUAAAUAUUUUGUUUUAUCUUACGCGCCCCACAGAUUAACUAAUGCACCCUGGGGGUGACCACAUUGAUUAUUGGAGACCACUGGUUUAGAUCAUUCAGCAACAGAAGAUUGCCUCGAAGGCGUAACAACAUUUUUAAAGUAAAAAUAACAUCUCAGGGGAACGUAAUUUUAAAAAAAAAUUAGAUAUGAAAAUGCCCAAUGGAAAAUUUUCUUAUGGAACAAAUGUGACAUUGGUUUACACCAAAUUUUUUGUUAGAGUGAUAUAUAUUUUGUCUCUUCUCCGGUUGCUUUUAUUAUAUAAAGUUUUUCAAGUGCUAAGUCAUUCUAAUUUAAAAUUUUAUUGAAUGUUUUUAUAAAAGCACAGUCUACAUACAUUGUGCUUUGAUGUACACUGAAACACGUACAUGUUUUUCUUUGUACAAAAAAAAAUAUAAGAUAAGGGUUCACUUUUUAAUCUGGAGCAGGGGUGGGGGGGGGGGGGUGCUACUGCUAUGCACAUCUAGGCAUUGGUCUUAUGUAUAAAUCUCAAAGUCCUCUUAAAUGGUAUGCAGUCAUUUUUUGGUAAAUUUUUAAUUUUUUGAACCAAUUGGUGGGGGGGGGGGGGGGGGGGGGGGGGGGGGUGCUACUGCUAUGCACAUCUAGGCAUUGGUCUUAUGUAUAAAUCUCAAAGUCCUCUUAAAUGGUAUGCAGUCAUUUGUUUGUAAAUUUGUCAUUUUUUGAACCAAUUGGGACAUCCAGAUACUGGUACAUGAGGAAAUGGGUGGGACUUUAGAAAACUUGAAGUGGCACAUUAUGGUUUUCUUUCCUUGAUACACUGGAUUCACCAAAAAUACAUGUAUCUAUUCUUGCAAGUUGGUGACAUAGAGCGUUCUCUAGCUAGAAAUAUUUACUAUUUACUCUUGAAAAUUUGGUGAUAUGGAGUAUUCCCUAGCUAUAAAUAUAUACUAAUUACUCUAUCUUAUCUUGGUCAGCAGUUGCUGUAAACAUUUGGCAUUAAGGACCACCUACCUUCUGUAUAGAUAGGUACAUGUAUUUUUUUAAGAUUAUAUUUUAAUACAAAGCAAGACAGUGUCACUUGUGUACCACUAUAACUGACAUUGCUUGUAUUUUUACAACAGCACUCUUUUUUUUUCUUUUUAAUUUAAAAAAAAAAUUGUUUAAGACUCAUCCUGCUUGUCUUUUGUAAAUAGUACAUAAUUGAUUUUAUGUUGUCAUGGGAGACAGGAAGCUAGAUACAGAUGAUCAUGUUUUCUAUGAGGAAAUUAUCACUUGUGGGUGGGUCAGAGCAAAGAAUUCAAUUAAAUUCAAUUCUAGAUUAGUAGUGUGUGGGGGGGAGGGUUGAAAAUUAAGGUCUAGCUGGUUUUAAAAUUUGUAUUUAUUCCAACUGAUUAAAUUAUCCAACCAAAUUUGACUCAACCAUUGUAAUUUUUUUCAUGCUGAUGUGUGUAAGUCUUCAUGAUUCUGUAAAAGUCAAUAAAAAUGUACAUAACAGUUAA